AUAGUGUUGAAUAAUACUACCAGCGCCAGUACUUUGCAGCACCGACCAGCGUUCUUUCUUUUUCACGAAAAAUGUAAUGGAAAACUGCAUUUAACUGCAUUAAAAACGUAGCAACCAGCCCGGAAAGCAUCUGUUGUGCAAUCGCAUAGUCAAUAAACAUCCACACCCAUGUUGACCGAAACCCCCAUGGCCAGUGAGAACAUCAUGGACGAACUAGCCUCUCUGAUACGCACCGAGAUCCCCGAUGGCCGCCAGAGUCUGCGGGACAGCUACACGAACCUGGAGCGUGUGGCCGACUACUGCGAGGACACCUACUACCGCGCGGAUAACAAGAAGGCGGCCCUGGAGGCCACCAAGAACUACACCACCCAGUCGCUGGCCAGCGUGGCCUACCAGAUCAACACGCUCGCCUACAGCUACAUGCAGCUCCUCGAGCUCCAGGCCCAGCAGCUCGGCGAGAUGGAGUCCCAGAUGAACCACAUCGCCCAGACGGUGCACAUCCACAAGGAGAAGGUAGCCAGGAGAGAGAUUGGCGUGCUAACGGCUAACAAGGUGAGCUCGCGCCAGUUUAAGAUCGUGGCGCCCAUCAAUCCGGAGAAGCCGAUCAAGUAUGUGCGCAAGCCCAUCGACUACUCAAUGUUGGACGAGAUUGGCCACGGCAUUAACUCGGCCCAGCACACACAGGUGCGACAGAAACAUCGGGGCUCCAGCCAUGGGUCCGUGCAAUCCCUAUUGCCGCCGUCGGUGGGACCUCCGCCAACCACGAAGCCCCCAACUCCGCCGCAGAUGUCGCGGGCUGGAAACACUGGCACCCUGGGAAAGUCAGUCAGCAAUACCGGGACACUGGGAAAGAGCUCGCGGGAGUACCGCACGCCGCCUGUGGUCAAUCCACCACAGGUGCCAUCGCACUACGCUCCCAACUAUCCUAUUGGGCAUCCAAAGCGGAUGUCGACGGCAUCUUCAACGAUGACUACAACCACCACAGGCGGUGGAGCGGCGGGCAAUGAGCGCGCUGCUGGGUACAGCGCACUUCCGAUGCCACCUAGCCAGCAGAUAGCAACCCAUGUAAAUCUGCCCUCAGCAGGCAUGAUGCAAUCGCUGCCACCACCGCCGCCCACUACGUAUGACGAUCGGAGCAGCAUGCCACCAGCUCCUCCUUCGCCACUAACGGUGUCGCAGCACGAGAUGACCGAGCAGAGUCACAUUGGCAUGCACACAUUGGGUCGCAAUAUUAACAGGAAUCCAAAUAGGAAUCACUUCAGCUUGAACUUCGCUCGUCCCGGCUCACAGUCGCCUCCUCUGCCACCUCCGCCGCCGCCGGAGGAUGAGCAUCAGGACUUCGGGCGACCACGUACGUCGACGGGACCGCAGCUGGCGCCCAUAGUGCCCGACGAUCAGAACUUACCCGGCUGGGUGCCCAAGAACUUUAUUGAAAAGGUGGUAGCCAUAUACGACUACUAUGCCGACAAGGACGACGAGCUGAGCUUCCAAGAAAGCUCAGUGCUGUACGUGCUCAAGAAGAACGACGACGGCUGGUGGGAGGGCGUCAUGGAUGGAGUUACCGGUCUGUUUCCGGGCAAUUACGUAGAGCCUUGUGUCUAAGCCUCGCAACGAUAUUCUAAACAUGCCAACCAUUACAAUAAUCUGCAUUAACUGGUCUGUUCCAGUCCUCUGCUGCUUCUCUAGAGCUCCAAUGACUUCCAUUGAGUUUUCGGGGACUUCGGAGCUCAACUGGGGACCGGAACAGACUCAGCUGACAAUGACGAUAAUAUUUUGAGCAUAUUGAUAAGGACAAUUAUACAAUUACACACCUACACAAGCACAGCAGGCCACAGAAAGCGAAUUCCAUUAGCAUCAGCCAACCGCAUUUAGUCUAAUAUAAACGAGCACACACACACAGGAUCCAGGGGCUAAGGAUACAGCUUGCUGCCCAACUAAACCUAUUUACACUUUAGUAGCCGAAAACGAUGCAAGAAGGGGAAAGUGAAACCGGAUACCCGUAAAUAACUUAUGCGAUAUUCUAAAACUGUUCCACAACCGUAGACGAAUUCAGUCCAGCUCCUGCCGCCAAUCCAAAUACUUUAAAUAUUUGCUCACAGUUUUAUCAAGCGAUUUCUGUUUGCCUUGCGCUUUGAUAUGCCCGGCUAUUGUACACCAAUACAACCCAUACCUAUGCCCCCAGCAAUACUGUAGGUUAUACAAAUUUCAGUUAGCAUUUAAUACUUAAGUAUUGGCCAGUUGGAACUUUUGUUUACACUUUUACGAACCGCAACGAUAUCUUUUUUUGCGAACGUUUAGUUAAAAUGGAAUUGCCAGCAAAGGAAUCAAAUUAAAUUAAACAAUACAAGUACACAUACGCUCUAUAUGGUAUAAAUA